GGUACGCCAUCAGCGUGGCUCCCGGGCUCGUGCAGAGCACAAGUUCUUAGUAUUUGUGAACAUAUAAAUAAAAAAUGAAAAAUUUUCGACUGUAGUUCCAAUUGAUGAUUCCCUAGAAAAAAAAAAUCUCCGUUGAAUUCAGAUCCCCCGAUCACCCAAAUCUACUGUAAUUUAAUACUUCUUUUACGUGGAAUCAAUUUUGGAAGUAGAAGAAAUGGAUCAAUGGAAAACCAACGGCAAUUCAUCUGAACCCAGACAAAGGGAUGAUGUGAAGGCUGAUGAUGCGAUCUCUCCUAGAAAAGUCCAAAAGGCAGACCGUGAGAGAUUGAGACGAGAUAAGCUAAAUGAGCAAUUUCAGGAGCUAGGAAAUAUAGUAGAUUCAGCUAAGAAUGACAAGGCUUCCAUACUCACUGAUGCAAUCCAAGUGCUCAAGGACUUAACUUCAGAAGUCAGCAAACUAAAGACAGAGCAUACAGUACUUCAUGAAGAAUCACUAGAGCUGACACAGGAGAAGAACGACCUCAGAGAAGAGAAAGCAUCUCUGAAAUCCGAUGUUGAGAAUCUCAAUGCUCAGUAUGAGCAAGCUUUAAGGUUUAUGAUUCCAUGGGGUGCUGUUAAUCCUUCAAUCACCAUGGCACCUCCAUUUUCAUAUCCAGUUGGCCCUCUACCGUUUCCUCCUGGUCCAAUUCCCAUGCAUCCAACAAUUCCACCAUUUCCCAAUCCGAAUCCCAUUUUAUCAUAUAUUCCAUAUCCUACUCCUGUUGUUCCCCUGCUUGACCACCCAACCACCUUAAAUGCAUCAACAUCUUUUAUCUCUAGCCGACAAGAUUCCAUAAGCAGGAUAUCCGAUCAAUACAGAAGUAGCACCAGCCAGAAAGCUGUGAAUUCUAACAAUGUCGUAACAGAUCUGGAACUUAAAAUACCAGGAUCAACAGUUCAGAAGGAGGUAUCGUCAGGAGAGAAGAAUGGAAAGCAACCAAUGAGCGAUGAGAAAAAGCUUUACAAAUGAGAGUUUUUUGAAUGGGUACUCGUCCUCCCACGGUUUCAGGGUAGUUCUUCCAACAGUGCGAGUCUCAGUCAAUGAGGAAAAUGAUAAAGAAAAAUCCCAAAGAUGCAUCCAACUAUGUCGUUAACUCGUCUGUCGGGCAGGAGUUCGACUGCCUUCCAAGAGUAACAGAUUGGUGCAGAAUCACGAGUGUUCUCUGAUUUUUAUUGGGAUCCUACUUCCAUUUAGGCUUCUGGCAGAAAUAGACAUGAAGUUUGUUGAAUUUCCUAAUGUGUAAAUUUUCUGUGAAUUUCUACUCUCAAACGCUCACCUGUUCAUGUUAAUAGAAGUCUGUAUAGUUUUA